AUGGCUAUUGUCGACGCGAUGAAGGAGGACACCACGGUUAUCUCGUCGGCUGAGCAGCCCAAGAACGAUUUGUACUCCCACGAUGGGGACAAGGAUCUCGACGAGGACUUCGGCGUGCCGGAACGGUACAGAGGUACCGCAGACGACAAGAGGGAGAUGAGCAUGUUGGGGAAGAAACAAGUCCUUCGAAGAAACUUUCGCUUCGUCACUAUGGUCGGCUUUGCCAGUACUGUGAUGGCGAGUUGGGAGAUCCUCCUGCCGCUGUUUUCCUUCGUUUUGACCGAUGGCGGCACCGCUGAUCUCUUCUGGGGAUUUAUCGUGGUGGGAACGGGACAAACGCUCGUCUAUGCCAGUAUCGCAGAGGUAGCAUCCAUGUCUCCUACCGCCGGUGGGCAGUAUCACUGGGUCUCAGAGCUCGCCCCUCCAAGGAUACAAAAGAUGCUCAGCUAUCUCGUUGGUUGGUUGGCAGCCAUUGGGUGGCAGGUCUACCUGGCUGGUGUCGCCUUCAUGGUCGGCAGUGUCAUCCAGGGCCUGAUUGCGCUGAACGUCGAGGGCUACGUGUGGCAUGCCUACCACGGAACCCUCCUUUCAAUUGCGGCCAUCGUUUUCUCCAUCGCUUUCAACACUUUCUUGGCCCCUCAUCUGCCUUUGAUCGAGGGUACCGUUCUGAUUUUGCACCUGGCUGGCCUCUUCGCCAUCAUUAUCCCCCUCUGGGUUAUGGCUCCUCGGGCAAAUGCGCACGACGCCCUGCUCGUCUUCACGAACUUCGGUGGCUGGUCCACCACUGGCCUGUCCGCCAUGAUCGGCUUGACGACUCCGCUGAGUGUGCUCAUUGGAUACGAUUGUUCAGUCCAUAUGUCUGAGGAGAUCCGAGACGCCUCGAUUACCCUGCCCAAGGCCAUCAUGUGGUCGGUCGUCAUCAACGCGGUGCUGGGCUUCAUUAUGGCCAUCACUCUGAUCUUCACCUUGGGCGAUAUCGACAGUCUGUUUGCCUCGGUGACCCGCCAACCGUUCAUCCAGCUGUUCUACAAUGCCACCCAAAGCUACGGCGGGACCAAUGCCAUGACUGCCAUCGUCAUCAUUCUCCUCGCGGCCUGCUGUACCAGCGAGGUGGCCACGGCGUCUCGACAGCUGUGGUCUUUUGCCCGAGACCAAGGCUUGCCUGGAUCCGCCUGGCUCUCACAGGUCACUCCCGGCUGGAACAUCCCUCUUCACGCCGUCUUUGUCUCCCUGAUCGUGAGCUCCCUGCUUGCGUGCAUCAACCUAGGCUCUUCCGUUGCCUUGAACGCCAUUAACUCGCUCGGUGGUGUCUCGAUCCUCACCUCCUACUUCAUCACCAUCAGCUGCCUGAUCUACCGACGGCUCACAGGCCCGCCGCUUCCUCAUCGACGAUGGUCCCUGGGCAAAUACGGCCUGUGGAUCAACAUCGCGGCUCUGCUCUACUUGAUGCCGCUUUGGUUCUUCGCCUUCUGGCCUCUCGCCACCCCAGUCACGGCCGCGAACAUGAACUGGUCGUCGACCAUGUUUGGGGGCGUCAUGAUCAUCGCAGCGUUAUACUACUACUUCAAGGCUCGACACGUCUACGUCGGACCUGUGGUCUUUGUCAAACGCGACCUCUGA